UGUAUAGAAAACUAUUUCGCACGUAUAUAAAACAGGUCCACGGCUCCGAACUGUAAAGGCGUAAAACCAUAAAUGGACCUCUGGCUAAUACGUCGGCUCUGUGUCGGGCUCGUAGCCAAAAACUAGCUUUACUUUGUUUUCUGGGUCAGCUUUGCUAGCGAGAGACAGAGAGGCGUUGGAAGGCUGCUCCAACGGAACUUAUUUUAACAGCUGUUCCUCAAAAAACACACCACUGACUCAUGAAUCCAGACCUCCAAUGACCUGGGGAAGCCAAACAACCUCUGGCUACGCAGAUGGGACAACACAGAAGAGCUAACUCGUCAGGCUAGGACCUGCAGUCUCUUUCAAGGAUAAGGAAGUACACAUCCUGGAGAAAGAGGAACACUGGUCUGAGCGAGGAGUCAAGGAGGACGUUUAUGUGAAAAGGGAAGGACCAUUAAUUAAUAGACUUUAAUCAAUGGUCAAUGAUCAGUGGUUGUUGACCAAUGGUCAUGACAAUUUGCAUAUUAAUGAUGAAAAAAAUUGACCUCACAGCUCACUGUUUGUCAGUGGUGCUAGUAAAACUUAAAAUUAGGAAUCUUUAGAAAAUCUUUAGGAAUAACAGCCUAUCUUUGGAAUGCUGACUUUAAGUAAACAAGCAGCACUCCACUAACAUCAGGGUUGACACAUACAACAUAUCUGCAAUGUGUGAAAAUACAUUUGGCUAAUGUUAGUGCUUUAUCUCUUUCACAGGUAAUCUGGAGCAAAGAAAUGAAUAUUAUUACUCAGGUCAAACUGACAACAGGCCCAACUGUCUCUCAGCCAACAGAAACACAUCCUAUAAUCCAAUCCAUAACUAACAAUGACCUGAAGAAGGUCAAGAAAUUGCUGAAGGACAAUAAUGUUAACGGAGUUUACCCCUGUAGAGAGUGGGGUGAUAAUAUAACCCCACUGAUUGCUGCUGUUGCAAAUCACAAUAAAGAAAUAUGUUCUUACCUUUUGCGUCAGGGUGCAGACCCAAAUAUGCCUUCUCAACAUCUCUGGACACCUUUGCAUUAUGUCUCAUAUUCCAAAGCACCUCUUUAUUUUGCGGAUCUAUUGCUUGAGGCAAAAGCUAAUCCAGAUGGAUGGAGUCCUACUCCAAUGCAACAGUUACUCACACCACUGCAAGUUGCAGCCAUUGAAGACAGGGAGGAUAUAAUGAAAAGGCUCAUCUCUGCUGGUGCAGUGGUGACACUGCCGCCCAUGAAUGAUCUUCAAUCGGUUACUAACAGUAAAAAAAUAUCUCAGAUGAUUAAUCACUUUGCAUCAAAUGGAGAUAGAGUGUGUUCCCAAAUCAGACAUUUUUUAGAUCUGGAAAUUGCUGUUUUUGAAAAAACACCUGAAGAUGUGUUCAGAAAUUUUAACAGUCACAUGUUGUCAGAGGAUCCUAGGUCUCAUUUGACCAUGAUUGAAAUCCUCUUUACUGUUACUGGGAUAGGGAAAGAUAAAUACUGCCAGGCUUGCAUUAAAUGGCUAAAGGAAACUGGAAAUGUGAAUACUUAUAUUGCAGGUGCAGCCAGUCGCUUUUCAAAUAUCCCUAAGACACAUGUAAAGCUGGCAGUUGAAAGUUUGAGUGCAGUUUUCUGCACAAUGGAUGAAAUAUCAAAUGAGCAUGCAGUAGCUAUAAUUCCACAACUACUGAAACUGCUUUCCUUAAAAGAGAGACCUGACAUCUGUGAAUCAGUGCUACAAACACUGUAUGUGAUAACACAGAAAACAAAAGGCACAAAGGACUGGCACGCCAACUUUUUACAGAACUUAUGCAGAACAGUUGCCCCUUUUGUAAAUGAGCAACACUCAACUAACAUCAGGGUCCACACAUAUGGUAUACUUGGAAACCUGCUGUCAGUUGAACAGGCAGCUAAUAUUUUUACAUCAGUGGGCAUAACCUCCUUACCCGAGGACAUACUGACAGCAGCUGACAUGAAAAUGAAUGAAAAGCUGAAAGAAGUGCUGAGAAGUCUGAAAACUUAUCUGAGCAAACCAAACUCAGAAUGUGAGGGAAAUGCAGCAUCGUCUGUGCCCAAGAAGAAGAAGAAAAAGAAGAAGAAAAAGAAGGAAAAGACAGAAAAGCAAGAAAACCCAAAUGAUGAAGUUUCGACAGCAGCAACUGAUCCAAUAACUAAAGUUUCUGUUGUAGAAUCGACUUCAGAUGUAAAGCCUUUUGACUACAACACCAAUGAAAAAUCAGAAAAACUAAAAUGGCUUCCAGUCAGCGAGAGGUGGAAGAACAAACUGGAGAUGCUUGCUGGCUCAGAUGACAGUAAAAUAUCCAGAAUCAGAAGCAUUAUUUAUGUGAAUGAUGCAGAAUUAAGAAUAGCAAAGGGAAGCGAUGGUACUGAAGUCUUCUUGGGGCUGAGAGAGGACGGCACAGAAGUUGCCAUUAAGAGAAUGUCUAAGAGCAACUAUGAAGAGCUGAAGAACGAAGAAGUAAUUCUACGACUUCCUGAACUCGAUCAUUCUUAUAUCGUACGAUAUGUUGAUGCUGCAGAGGACGAGAACUUUGGAUAUCUUUGUCUGCAACUUUGUGAAUACACCUUGGAAGAAUAUAUCAGGAAUAAUGACCAUGACCCAGUGAUGUUAAAGAAACUUGUCAAACAAGUUCUUGAAAGUCUAAAGGUGCUUCACUGUCAAAAUCCUAAAAUUCUCCACCGAGAUCUCAAACCCCAGAACGUUUUGAUUGAUGUUACUGGGAGGGCAAGAUUAGCUGAUUUUGGCAUAAGCAGACGCUUACUCAAAGGCCAAACAACUUUACGUACACGCAGUGCAGGAACCAAAUGCUGGAUGGCCCGAGAGACUUUAGCAGAAGAAUCUCUGAUAUCAUACAAGUCAAGCUCUGACAUCCAGGUUGCAGGCAUGCUGAUCUAUUAUAUCCUCUCUGGAGGCCACCAUCCAUUUGGCAAAUCCUUUGAAUGUGAGUUCAACAUUCACAAAGGGAACUACAGUUUGGAUCAUGUUGAAGAUGUGGUGGCAAAGGAUCUGAUCGAGGGGAUGAUCAACAAAGAGCCAAAGGACAGACCCAAAGUAGAAGAUUGCUUAAAUCAUCCCUUCUUCUGGACUUCGAAAGAGAAAACUGAAUACUUGAGAAAGAUCGGUAACAGGGACGAGGUUGCAAACUAUCGAAAGGCUGAACAGGAGCUGAUUGAUUCUCUAGAAAAAUGUGCCGUGGACGGAUCCUUUAAGCAGUGGAAAAAUAAGUUUCCACAAGAUGUGGUUCAGAAGUUGGAAGGUAAAAAGCCCUACACUGAAAACACGCUGGGAUUACUGCGCUUUAUACGCAAUCUCCAUGAGCAUUAUGCCAAGGAAGCAGCCCAAAUUGAUGUUCUGGCAUUGUUUCCUGACCUCUUUGGGAGUAUUUACACAUUUGCAAGGAACCAAGGCUGGAAUUCAGAGACACCAUUGAAGGAAAUGUUUCAUAGAGAAGACAGAGACGACAUUAGCACAGUUUUGAUGAUGCCAUCUAAAAGCACAGAGGAGUCCCUGGGUGUCCCUGUUCAAGAGUCUCAACCCAGUGAAGUGAAAGUUGUCAGCAGCCAUAAAAAAUAAAAUAAUAACUGCUAGCAGCAGAGAUGUCAUGCAGGUGUGCCUCCUGCUGCUCUGUUAUUUCCCAAGGGACCAGCAGACACUGAUCUGCUGUGGUGAUCCACAUGUUUGCACAUAGUUGCUGAGACUGAACCAGCUAAAUGGAUUUUAGACAUGAUGUAUAAUUUAUACUUUCUUGUGUGAAAUAAGUGCCUGAUGUUUUGAAAAAGUACUUAUUGAUUUUUAAAAGUAUGGCAGAAGUAGAUUAGAAUUACAAUUGUUUGAGUUACUUUACUUUAUAAUUUUUUUUUGUGAGGUUGUGUACUGUAUUUACACACAAUUAUGCUGCUUUUGUUUUUCUGUUCUCUUUUAGGUUGUAGUUUCUAAUUCAUUCAUAAAUUUAUUAAGAAACACAAGAAACAAUGUGGUGUACUUAAAGAGCUGAACUUCACAACUUGGUAAGAUCGGUAGCAAACAGAGGUCGAGUUUUUACUGUUAAUACAAUUUAUUUUUACAAUUCUUUUCUGCAGUAGUACAACAUUAUAUUUUUAUUCAGUUAAAGAAGUUUAAUCAUACAUUAUGUGUGUGCGUGUAGGGGGGAAUUAAGGAAAAGAUAUAGAGACAUUUUUUGACUUCUUCCAGAAACACAAUGGUAAAAAAAAUUAUCAAUGUUUAUUAUUUAUGUAAACAGAAUAAACUUGUUGGACAUGCAUUUUGUUACAUUGGGCCUAUGACAGAUCUAAACUGUACAAACAUGUAUGUUACAUCAAAUUCUGUUCAAAUCUUUGUACUUAACCCUCUCAGGCUCAAAUUAAGUUUUAGUUACAGGAAAAAUCUGAUAUUUGGGGAAAAUCAGGUUGUUAGUUUUUAACUGUUGCAAAUCGGCAACGCCUGCCUCGAGAGGGUUAAUAUUAAGAGCUACAAAGGAUUUAGCAAAUGUUGAGGUUUUGAGUUUCACACCAUGCACAGUUUAUUUUCCAAUGAAUGCUAUUGUAAAUUUGCAAAUUUUAUAAAUUACACAUAUUUAAGAAACAUGUUUUCUUAUUGUUUCUCAUUAUGUUUUCUAAAAAUGAAAUAAAGGUAAACUGUAGAUUUCUUCUUUUCUUAAAUAAAUCUGUAAA